AUGGAGCCCACAUCUGUCCAAGAGGAUAACCUGAAGAAGAAACAGCAGAAGGAAAAGGCUAAGAAAACUGCUCUGGAACUUCCUCCUAGGCCACCCCGCUCUUUGCUGUGCCUCACCCUCAAGAACCCAGUGCGGAAGGCUUGCAUUGCCAUUGUGGAAUGGAAGCCCUUUGAAAUCAUCAUCCUAUUAACUAUCUUUGCCAACUGUAUUGCACUGGCUAUCUAUCUGCCCAUGCCUGAAGAUGAUACCAACAAAAUGAAUUCCAGACUCGAGAAGCUAGAAUACUUCUUCCUGAUUGUAUUUGCCAUAGAGGCAAUGCUAAAGAUAAUUGCCUAUGGGUUUCUAUUCCAUGCAGAUGCUUACCUCCGAACUGGCUGGAAUGUGCUGGAUUUUACGAUAGUCUUUUUGGGGGUCUUCACAGUGAUCUUGGAGAAAAUCAGUUUGAUGGAGAAUGCGCUCCUUAGCGGGCAAGGUGGCUUUGAUGUCAAAGCUCUAAGGGCAUUUCGAGUCCUGCGGCCAUUACGUCUGGUGUCAGGGAUACCAAGUCUGCAAGUAGUACUGAACUCCAUUAUCAAGGCCAUGUUGCCACUAUUCCAUAUUACUGUGCUUGUCGUUUUCAUGCUGAUUAUCUAUGCCAUAAUGGGCCAGGAUCUCUUCAAGGGCAAAAUGCACAAGACCUGCUAUUACAAUGGGACAGAUAUCUUGGCCACCGUGGAACAUGUAAAGCCAGCUCCAUGUUCUACCUCAGGCCAUGGGCGCCCCUGCAUUAUUCCUGGAUCUGUGUGCAGGGGACCAUGGGCAGGUCCCAACCAUGGCAUCACUCACUUUGAUAACUUUGGGUUUUCUAUGCUGACUGUCUUCCAAUGUAUCUCCAUGGAAGGGUGGACUGAAGUUCUUUACUGGGUGAAUGAUGCCAUUGGGAAUGCAUGGCCUUGGAUCUACUUUGUCAGCCUCAUCUUACUUGGGUCCUUUUUCAUACUUAACCUCAUUCUGGGCGUGCUCAGUGGGGAGUUCACCAAAGAGCGUGAGAAAGCUAAAUCAAGAGGUACCUUCCAGAAACUGAGGGAGAAGCAGCAAUUGGAAGAGGAUAUGAAAGGCUACAUGGACUGGAUCGUUCAUGCAGAAGUCAUGGACAGUGACCGGACACACGGUGAAGGAAUGAGGUCAUCAGAUGAAGGUGGGUCAGAGACAGACAGCCUAUAUGAGAUUGAAGGCAUGAAUAAAUGGAUCCUCUUCUUUCGGCACUGGCGACGAUGGAACCGUCUUUUUCGCAGAAAAUGCCGUGAAAUUGUUAAGUCAAAUUUUUUCUAUUGGGCAGUGAUCUUGAUUGUCGGUUUGAACACUAUCUCCAUAGCUACCGAGCAUCAUCAUCAACCUGAUUGGCUGACUCAUGCUCAAGAUGUGGCUAACCGAGUACUUCUGGCCCUCUUUGCGGUGGAGAUGAUUCUGAAGAUGUAUGCCCUGGGCCUUCGUCAGUACUUCAUGUCUAUCUUCAACCGCUUUGAUUGCCUUGUGGUGUGCACUGGGAUCUUGGAGCUCAUCCUGAUAGAGAUCACUUCCAUGAGCCCCCUGGGCAUCUCUGUCUUGCGAUGCAUUCGACUGCUGAGACUCUUGAAGAUAACUAAGUAUUGGACCUCGCUGAACAACCUAGUGGCUUCUCUGUUGAAUUCUGUGCGCUCCAUUGCCUCUCUCCUCACCCUCCUCUUCCUUUUCAUGGUCAUCUUUGCCCUCUUAGGGAUGCAGCUUUUUGGAGGGCGAUUUGAUUUUGAUGAUACGGAAAUACGACGCAGCACCUUUGAUAACUUCCCCCAGGCUCUCAUCAGUGUCUUCCAGGUCCUGACUGCAGAAGGCUGGACCUCUAUCAUGUACAAUGGGAUUAUGUCUUAUGGAGGGCCUGUCUAUCCUGGUGUGCUGGUCUGCAUUUAUUUUAUUGUUCUCUUUGUAUGUGGGAAUUAUAUCUUGCUCAAUGUCUUUCUGGCUAUUGCUGUGGACAACCUGGCUGAGGCAGAAACAUUAACAUCUGCUCAGAAAGCCAAAGCUGAAGAGAAGAUGUGGAAGAAAAUGAACAGAGGUUAUCCUGAAAAAUCUGAAGAAGAAAAGCUAUUGUUGGCCAAGAAGCUGGAACAGAAAGCAAAGGGAGAAGGAAUUCCCACCACAGCUAAGUUAAAAGUGGAUGAGUUUGAAUCAAAUGUCAAUGAAAUCAAGGACCCAUACCCUUCUGCAGACUUCCCAGAGCUGCCUCUGACUGAACUCCCAGGAAACACCAAAAUGAUAGUGCAAGCUUUAAGGGAAUUCAAAGGACAGAUCCGGGUGUUGUGUCAUAGAAUUGUCAAUGCCACCUGGUUCACCAACUUUAUCCUCCUCUUCAUCCUGCUCAGCAGCAUCUCAUUGGCAGCAGAAGAUCCAAUUCGAGCAGACUCAUUCAGGAAUCAGAUUCUAUCAUAUUUUGAUAUUGGCUUCACCUCUGUAUUUACGGUGGAAAUUAUUCUAAAGAUGACUACUUAUGGUGCAUUUCUUCACAAAGGAUCCUUCUGUCGUAAUUCUUUCAACAUUCUAGAUUUGCUUGUAGUUGUUGUGUCACUCAUCUCUAUGAGACUUGAGUCCAGUACCAUCUCAGUGGUGAAAAUCUUGAGGGUGCUCAGAGUGCUGAGACCAUUGAGAGCUAUUAACAGAGCAAAGGGACUGAAGCAUGUGGUCCAGUGUGUUUUUGUGGCUAUUAAGACCAUCGGCAACAUUGUUCUUGUCACCUUCUUGCUACAGUUCAUGUUUGCUUGCAUUGCAGUGCAGCUUUUCAAGGUGAAAGUGUUUCUAAGAAUUCAUUCCCAUUUUGUCCUGUCCCAUAGGCAUGCAAUGGGACACUUCAUUGAGUAUGUUGAUGCUGAUCCAACACAGGUUGUGGAAAAAGCAAGGUGGUGGCUGCACAAUGAUUUCCAUUUUGACAAUGUCUUGUCAGCUAUGAUGUCUCUCUUCACUGUAUCCACCUUUGAAGGAUGGCCUAAAUUAUUGUAUAAAGCAAUUGAUACACACACUGAAGACAUGGGCCCUAUAUACAACUAUCGUAUGGGCAUUGCUAUCUUCUUCAUAAUCUAUCUCAUUCUCAUUGCCUUUUUUAUGAUGAACAUCUUUGUAGGUUUCAUCAUUGUAACUUUCCAAGAGCAGGGUGAAACUGAGUACAAAGACUGUGAGCUGAACAAAAACCAGCGCCAAUGUGUCCAGUAUGCCCUCAAAGCACGGCCUCUGCGAUGCUACAUUCCCAAGAAUCCUUAUCAAUACCAGAUCUGGUAUUUGGUGACCUCCUCCUACUUUGAGUACCUCAUGUUUUUCCUGAUCACACUGAACACCAUCUGCUUGGGCAUGCAGCAUUAUAAGCAAUCAGAGAUGAUGAACCAGCUCUCAGAUGUCCUCAACGUGGUUUUCACCCUCCUCUUUACUAUUGAGAUGAUUCUUAAACUGAUAGCUUUCAAAGCAAAGGGAUACUUUGGGGACCCCUGGAAUGUCUUUGAUUUUCUCAUAGUUGUCGGCAGCAUCAUUGAUGUCAUCCUGAGUCAGAUUGAUACAAUUCUUGUUUCCAGUGGUGGAUUGUACUGCCUAAGCGGUGGCUGUGAUGGCGUUCCUGCCAUAGAUCCUGAUGACAGCGGUCGUAUCUCCAUCACUUUUUUCCGGCUUUUCAGGAUCCUAAGGCUGGUAAAAUUACUGAGCCGAGCAGAAGGCAUUAGAAAUUUACUCUGGACAUUUCUCAAAUCCUUCCAGGCACUACCUCAUGUGGCCUUGCUGAUUGUAAUGUUGUUCUUCAUCUAUGCUGUGAUUGGGAUGCAGAUGUUUGGGAAAAUUGCACUGGUAGAUGGAACACAAAUAAACCGGAACAACCACUUUCAGACUUUCCCACAAGCAGUGUUGAUGCUGUUCAGGUGUGCCACAGGUGAGGCCUGGCAGGAGGUCCUAUUAGGUGCCAGCUAUGGCAAGUUAUGUGACCCUGAGUCUGAUUAUGCUCCUGGAGAAGAAUACACCUGUGGCUCAGGCUUUGCUUAUUUCUACUUUGUGAGCUUUUACAUGAUCUGUGCAUUCCUGAUUAUCAAUCUCUUUGUUGCUGUCAUCAUGGAUAAUUUUGACUACCUCACAAGGGAUUGGUCCAUCUUAGGUCCCCACCACCUGGAUGAAUUCAAAAAAAUCUGGGCAGAAUAUGAUCCUGAAGCCACGGGCCGAAUUAAGCAUCUAGAUGUGGUGACCCUGUUGAGACGAAUCCAGCCUCCCCUGGGAUUUGGGAAAUUUUGUCCGCACCGUGUGGCUUGCAAGCGCCUAGUGGGCAUGAAUAUGCCGCUGAACAGUGAUGGCACAGUUACUUUCAAUGCCACACUCUUUGCUCUGGUGAGAACUGCUCUCAAGAUCAAGACAGAAGGCAACUUUGAGAAAGCCAAUGAAGAACUGAGGAUGAUUAUUAAAAAAAUCUGGAAGAGAACCAGCAUGAAGCUUUUAGAUCAAGUCAUUCCACCAAUUGGAGAUGAUGAAGUUACUGUGGGAAAGUUUUAUGCCACUUUCCUCAUCCAGGAGCACUUCAGAAAAUUUAUUAAGCACCAGGAAGAAUAUUAUGGAUAUCGACCUAAGAAAAAUGCUGUUGAAAUCCAG